CGCACGGAGCGCCAUGGCGCGAACCUGCCGAGCUUUCAGCCUUCUUCUCCUCCUCUUCCUCGUCAACAGCUCCGCGGCGGCCGGACCUACGUUCCUUGUGGCAGUUCCCUGGAACAUAAGGCCUGGAGCAAACGUGACUGUUGGGGUGGCCCUACUGCCGGAGAGCCCAGCACAGGUCAUCGUGAAGGGAGAAGUGAUCAGAGAUAACAAGACCAUCUUGAGCAGGGAAAUGGUCUUUGAGAAAGAUUCAUUUGGGACUCUUGUUCUUCCAGUACUGCCCUUGAAUAGUGCUUCUGGGAAUUAUGAGUUACUGGUGGAAGGCCAUGCUGAUGACCAGCUCAUCUUCUCUAACCGUACCAACUUGAUGUACAUGGCAAAGAGCAUCUCUGUAUUCAUUCAGACAGAUAAAUCUAUGUAUAAACCAGGACAAGAUGUGAUGUUUCGGAUUGUCACCGUCUAUCCUGAUCUUAAACCUUACAAAGCAUCUAUGAAUAUAUAUAUCCGAGACCCUCGGAAGAAGUUGAUUCAGCAGUGGUUGAUGGAGGAGGGUGAUUUGGGCAUAGUUUCCAAAAAAUUUCAGUUAUCAGUGAACCCUCCGCUAGGAGACUGGUCCAUAGAGGUGGAAGUGAAUGGCCAAGUUCAUUAUCAAAGAUUUAAAGUGAUGGAGUAUGUUUUACCAAAAUUUGAUGUUAAGGUAACAGCACCAUUAUACUACUCUUUGAGAGAGGAAGAGGUAACUGGUGUGGUCACUGCAAAGUACACGUAUGGAAAGCCAGUAAAGGGAACCGUAACUGUUACUUGCCUUUCUGUCUCUUACUGGACAAACAAGAGGAAUAUAACUACAACUAUGGAGUUGAAUGGAUCUGUGAAUGUAACUUGUAACAAGCUUAUGUUGCAAAACUUGAAUGCUGAUCAGUUGUGGCACCAACGUGACAGUGAUUAUUACACAGAGCCAAUAGAAAUUAUUGCAGUGGUCACCGAGUCACUUACAGGAAUCUCCCAAAAUUCAAGCACCAUCAUAUUUCCAAAGCAAAGUGACUAUUUUAUUGAAUUUAUGGACUACUCUAGAGUUAUAAAACCUUCUCUGAACUUCAUAGCUACUCUCAAGGUGAUGCGUUCUGAUAGCAACCAGCUGACACCUGAAGAGAGGCGGAAUCAUGUCACAAUCACUGCACAACAGUCAGAUCUGCUUUUUCACCACUCUUCACUUUCUCACCUUGAGAAUGAGGCAACAGAGGAGAGAAAUCUGACUGUCCAUGUCCUGAAUUACACAGUUCCAGAAAAUGGAAUAAUUGAUAUUGAGUUUCCAAUCCGAGCUGAUACAAAAACUCUGAGAGUUCAGGCAGAGUUCCUCAGCAGUAGGACUGACAUAGGUGUUUAUGAUGUGUUCAGCUCCCCCAGCCAGACUUAUCUCCAGGUUAAAACAAAGAGCCAGGAAAUAAAGGCUGGGAAGGCUUUUGAGCUGAGCAUUGCAAGCAACAAGCCAGUGAGAGAGUUCCACUAUCUGGUGUUAUCUAAGGAACAAAUUGUGGCUUCUGGCACAAAGGCUGCAAAAACGUUCACUUUAACAGCAGAAAAUUCCUGGGCUCCUUCGGCAUGUGUACUUGUAUUCUACAUUGAUGAGCAUGGAGUGGUUGUAAAUGAUGCGCUCACUGUCCCCAUUCAGCCUGCUUUGGAUGACAAGAUUAAGAUCUCUUGGAGCAAAGAUAAGGUCAAGCCAUCUGAGAAAGUCUCCCUUAAAAUCAGUACAACAGAACCAGGAUCAGUAGUUGGACUUGCAGUUGUUGAUAAAAGUACAAAGCUUCUGGGAGAGAGUAAUGAUAUAACAGAAGAUUCUGUCUUCCAUGAGCUCAAUUUAUACAGCACAAUGCAGUAUUUCCCUCUAGUCAGAGGUUCUUUUGGUGUCUUUCAGAAAUGCAGCCUUUGGGUAUCAACUGAUGCAAUUCUUGAGGAGGAUAAGGAGCAUUUUCUUUAUGGUGGAAUGAUACCCAUAGAGGAUGGUUUUGGUGAUGAUAUGCCAGUAUCUAAAAAUGGACCUCCUGAUUUCAGCAAUCCUUAUGUGAGGACACAUUUUCCAGAGACGUGGCUUUGGAUUGACACUAAAACUAGAUCUGACACAGACACCACAAUGGAAGUCAUUGUACCUGAUACCAUCACAUCCUGGGUAGCCAGUGCUUUUGUGAUGUCUGAAAACAGUGGUCUUGGAGUGACGACUGCUCCAGUGGAGCUAGAAGCUUUUCAACCUUUCUUCGUUUUCCUCAAUCUUCCAUACUCUGUUAUCAGAGGAGAACAAUUUGUUUUGGAAGUGAACAUCUUUAAUUAUUUGAAAGAAGAAGCUGAGGUUACUGUGAUCCUGGAUAUGAACGAUGCUUUUGAAAUUUUUCUAACAUCCAAUGAAAUAAAUGCUACAGAAAAUCAACAGUCUGUAUCUGUACCAAGUGAAGAUGGGAAAACUGUUCAAUUCCCAAUCAAGCCAAAACAGCUGGGAGAGAUUCCCAUCAAAGUGACUGCAAUAUCAUCUGCUGCUUCUGAUGCUGUCAUCCAGAAAGUUUUAGUAAAGGCUGAAGGAGUUGAACAGACAUAUUCACAGACAGUCCUUUUGGAUUUGACUGGGAAUAAACCACAAGCAGUGUCAAAAACUUUGGAUUUCACUUUUCCUCCUGAUGUUGUAAGUGGCAGUGAGAGAGUGCAGGUCACUGCUGUUGGUGAUUUACUUGGGCCUUCUAUCAAUGGUUUGUCGUCAUUGAUUAAGAUGCCUUAUGGUUGCGGUGAACAGAAUAUGAUCAACUUUGCUCCAAAUGUUUACGUUUUGCAAUAUCUGACUAAAACCAGACAGCUGAGAGAGGAUAUUAAAUCAAAAGCUGUGUCAUUUAUGAGAAAAGGCUAUCAGAGAGAGCUGCUUUUCCAGAGGGAUGAUGGCUCUUUUAGUGCCUUUGGAAAUGAAGAUCCCUCUGGGAGCACAUGGUUAUCAGCUUUUGUAUUAAGAUGUUUCCUUCAAGCUCGUCCAUUCAUAGAUAUUGACCAAGAUGUACUGAUGGAUACAGCCAAGUGGAUUGUCCGGCAUCAGAAAUUAAAUGGAGAAUUUAAUGAGCCUGGGAAAGUGUUAAACAGUGAUCUUCAAGGAGGCACCAAUAAUCCAAUCACUCUCACAGCUUACAUCAUGUCAUCCCUCCUGGGGUUUGCAGAUAAACAGCAUGCUUAUGUCAUCAAGAGCGCUACAAACUUUCUGGAAGAUAAAUUAGAAGAAGGCAUUUCGGAUAAUUACACUUUGGCACUUGUGACAUAUGCAUUGUCCUGGGCAAAAAGUACAAAGGCAAAGGAAGCCCUGAAUAUUCUGAACCAGAGAGCAGAACACCAAGGAGAGUUUCGUUUCUGGAUAACACCUGCUUCUGAAAUUUCUGACUCUUGGCAGCCGAGGUCCAUUGAUAUUGAACUUGCAGCAUACGCUCUGCUCUCGCACUUUCAUCAGGACAGAUUAGCAGAAGGAAUCCCUAUUAUGAAAUGGCUAAGUCAGCAAAGAAAUCACCUUGGGGGAUUUUCAUCUACUCAGGACACGGUGGUGGCUCUGCAAGCCUUGAGUGUGUUUGCAACUCUCACAACGGCAGGCAAAACAGAAGUGGAUGUAACAGUGACAGCACCUUCCUUGGAAAUACCAGAAAUAUUUUCAAUUGAUACUCGAAACCGUUUUCUGCUUCAGACCAAGGAGAUUGCCCCUGCACAACCAAUGACAAUUACAGUGGCAGCGGAGGGAACAGGAUUUGCUGUUUUUCAGCUCAAUGUUAUUUACAACACAAAACAUACUGAUCAGAGACUCAGAUCUGUGCGAAGAAAAGAAGCCUUUGACUUGAAUGUUGAUGUCAAGGAUGACAAAGAUGAUAAAAACCAUUUGACUUUGAAUGUGUGCACAAGGUACUUGGGUUCAGGCACAGCUCCCAGGAGUGGUAUGGUCCUCAUGGAGGUUGGCUUACUCAGUGGUUUCUCUGUGUCACCCGAUUUCAUUCCAUUAGACAAUACAAUUAAGAAGAUUGAAAAGGACAAUGGAAAAGUCAACGUAUACUUAGACUCUCUAAAUGAAACACAGGUUUGUAUGGAUAUUCCAGCUACCAGAGACUUCAAAGUUGCAAAUAUCCAAGAUGCUUCAGUGACUGUAGUGGAUUACUACGAACCUAGGAGAAGAGCAGUGAGAAGCUACAAUUCAGAAGUAAUGCAAAGUAUAACCCCUUGUGAUUUCUGUGAAAGUGACUGCAGUCUUUGCCACCGAGAUGGCUCUCCAGCCUUGCUUCAGCACUCUUCGUUGGCCUCCUUGUUCUGUGUGAUGUUUGUCCUUCACGUAAACUUGCUGUGCAGUUGGGUGUUGUAAAAGGAAACAGAAUAUGUUUCACAUCUAAGGUUUGCAUAAACUAUCCAAAGAAAAUUUUUGUUGAGAUACCAGCUUGUCUUUAGUGAUUACAGUGACCAAACUCCUGCUGCGUUCAGGGAAAGCUGGGCUGGCCCAUAUGGUACAUUUCUGGCUGUGCCAGAACUUUAAGUGUCUGCUGAAAAAACUUUCCAAGUGUUAGUUUCAUACUGAAGUUAUUUUCUGAAGAAGCACAGAGUUACUGAGAAAGCAGUCUGAGAAAAUACAAACCUAGAGCCAUGUUCCUGCUCCCUUUUUAUCCCAUCUUUCAACUGUGCCUGUUUCCUAGGGAUGUAUGCUAGUUUACCAUGGUUUUCUGAAAUGCUAUCUGCUUCUCUGUUGGAGUGCUGGUAUGCAGAGCACUGGGAGCUUGGUAUCAGAGCUUGCUUUGUUCUGUUCUGAAGGCAUGACACUUACCAUGAAUAUUGAAUUUCACUGUAUACUCUCAUGGGGAAUAAUAUGAAAAUAAAAAAAAAAGCUGGCUUCAGAGCAGAUCCCAGAGCCAAAAAGUGCUGCAUUUAGAAACUGCUGAAUGCUCCAGAAAAUUGUCAGUCCUUUUUUAUCAUUACAGAAAAGCUGGGUGGAUUUUUUGCCAAAUCAUAAGCUAAUCAUGUUUGAAAAUAAGGCUUCAGGAUGUUCUCAUGCAUUUUUACUCUGAAAGUCUUUUACUGUAAAUGUAUCAAAGAUGGAGUCUAUGUUUGUGAAAUCAUCUUCCAGGAUUAUUCAGAAGCAAACCUAAUUCUCUUUCCAUGUGAGAAUGUUGGUGUCCACUGUCGUGUUUGAAGCCAGAAGGGUGAAAGCUGAUUUGAUCCUUUUCUGUUUUUUGAAAGUCUUUUAAAAAUGUCACUCUGGACAUCAUUUAUAUUUUGCAUUUGCAGUGUUGUCUUGUUGGUUAUUUAAGUGGCAUAACCCUAAACAUCUGUUUACUGCUCUCUGUGCCAUGUCAGCUGGCUGUCCCUGAAUGCCAUCUGUGCAUGCAACUACUGUUGCUUGGUGGGAGAGACUUUUAGGAGGUUUGGACCACAAAUACAUUCAGUCCAGCACAAUAAUUGACAUGUUUGCUUAACUUUAGGCACGUCCUUUUAUGCUUAAGUGCUUUGAAGUAGGAUGGAGGAGGAGGACAGUGAAGAACAGCAGACGCUUUUACAGUCAAACUUGCUCUUUGCACAGAGACAUUCAAACCUGCUCUUUGCACAUAGAGAGACAUUGCAGUUCUCUAUGAACAUGGGAAAGUGUGAGCUUGGAAGCUCUUUCUUUCUGAGUGAGUGUGUAGAGUAAACAUCUUCCCUAUCUGGCAGCCGAUUUAUCCUUCUUGAACAUUGCCUGUGAUACUUCUUUUCAUGCUUACUUCUUUUCUAUAAGAAAGCCAAUCUGAUAACAUUCCUAGUUACUGAAAUGAAGUUGCCAACUAGCAGGUAGAAAUUUUAAGGCUGUUAAUUUCCUUCCUUAAUGCUUUUUGAGACGGAGUGUGUACAUGUGCACAUGUAAUAAUAGGGCAGUCACUUUCCUUGAGCAAUUUCUGAUUUUUAUUCAAAUUUUGUUACUGCUUAAAAUGUUUUUUAUUUUAUUUUAUGCUCAUCUAUACUUUGUUCACAGUCUAUCCUUUGGUUCACAAAGGAAAUUGGUGAAUGAUUGCGUGGGAAUAGGCCUGAACUCCUGAAGUGGAUGCCUUCAAAUACCGGUGUAUAGGGUUUUUAACUGCAAAACUAGUUUAGGUGGGUUUAUUUGUUU